AUCUAAAUAGCUAGCCCACGCUAUGUCAUAUGCAAACACGGGUUGUCCAUACAACAUAUACGGCCGGGUCGUCUCAGGCAGAGCAAAGUUGCAGCUUGGCGAGCGAAAACUAGCUAGCCACCCUCCCUUUGCUGGUUCGGUUCUGCACCCUCCCCGUCAGGAGGCGACAUGGGAGCUGCAAGCCGCGAGGAUGAGUUGGCGAAGAAGAUGGAGGCCGGCGCGGACACCGUCGGCCAGAAGCUCGACGCCGGCGCCCUCUUCGUCCUCCAGUCCAAAGGGUCAUGGCUGCACUGCGGGUACCACCUGACGACGUCGAUCGUGGCGCCGCCGCUGCUGAGCCUGCCGUUCGCGUUCGCGGCGCUGGGGUGGUCGGCGGGGAUCAUCUGCCUCGUCAUCGGCGCGGCCGUCACCUUCUACUCGUACAACCUCAUCUCGCGCGUCCUGGAGCACCACGCGCAGCAGGGCCGCCGCCAGCUCCGCUUCAGGGACAUGGCCACGGACAUACUAGGGUCUGGAUGGGGACGAUACUACAUCGGCCCGAUCCAAUUCCUGGUGUGCUUCGGAGCAGUUGUUGCUUCCACUCUUCUGGCCGGCCAAAGCAUGAAGGCUAUCUACCUGAUUGCCAACCAUGGCGGCACGAUCAAGCUGUACGUGUUCGUGGUCAUCUUCGGCGUCUUCAUGAUGAUCCUAGCGCAGCUGCCGUCGUUCCACUCGCUCCGGCAUGUCAGCCUCAUCUCCCUGAUGCUGUGCCUCGCCUACAGCUUCUGCGCCGUCGCCGGCUGCAUCUACCUAGGAACCUCCGAUCGGGCGCCGCCGAAGGACUACUCGAUCACGGGUGACACCACGAACCGUGUGUUUGGUGUGUUCAACGCCAUCGCCGUCAUCGCCACCACAUAUGGCAACGGCAUCAUCCCUGAGAUUCAGGCAACGGUGGCGGCGCCGGUGAUGGGGAAGAUGUUCAAGGGACUGUGCCUGUGCUACGUCGUGGUGGUGACGACAUUCUUCAGCGUGGCCAUCUCGGGGUACUGGGCGUUCGGCAACCAGUCACAGGGCACCCUGCUAAGCAACUUCAUGGUGGACGGCAAGGCCGUGAUCCCCGAGUGGCUCCUGCUCAUCACCGAGCUCUUCACGCUGCUGCAGCUCUCGGCGGUGGCCGUGGUGUACCUGCAGCCGACGAACGAGGUCCUGGAGGGCCUCUUCUCGGACCCCAAACAGGGGCAGUACGCGGCGCGGAACGUGGUGCCUCGGGUCGUGUCCCGCACCGCCGCGGUCGCGGUCGCCACUACCAUCGCGGCCAUGGUGCCCUUCUUCGGGGACAUGAACGCGCUCAUCGGCGCGUUCGGGUUCCUGCCGCUGGACUUCGCCGUGCCGGCGGUGUUCUACAACGUCACGUUCAAGCCGUCCAAGAAGGGGGUCGUGUUCUGGCUGAACACGACCAUGGCCGUCGUGUUCUCCGCGCUCGCGGUGAUCGCGUCCGUCGCGGCGGUGCGGCAGAUCGCGAUGGACGCCAGAACGUACAAGCUUUUCGCGAACGUGUGAGCAGGCUUGCACCUGGGAAGCGCGCCGCUGCAGCAGAGCAAACUUGCAUGCCACUGAUGCAGCUGUUAGCCAGCAGAUGUAAUUCACGGGCGUUUUGUAUAAGGUUUACGAUGGAUUGCCGUAUCCGAGAUGUCUUUGCCUAGUUUCGUUCCAAAAAAUGCGAGCAAGUUAAGCAACCGCGGACAGGAAUGGGAAUCAACAAUUGCUCUGCUCAUCGGUACUAUAUUGUUUGUAGACAGGAAGAGAGUUGCAAAACGUACUGUUUUCUCUCGGCAAGAUCAUGACAAGUGAACCAUUACCA